AUGUUUGAAGACAACCCUCCCCCACUCCCACCUGUAGCGUCAGAUUCGGAUUCCUUUACAAAUACUCUAGCCGACCUUGAUGACAGCAAUCGACUUACUGCGGUAGCUGAUGGUGAUCGUUUUGUUCAGAAUGAAGGUGAAAAUGCUCUUCCUGUAUCGGAUCGCGAGAGAUUAAGUGGGUUGCCUGGUGGCAGCGAUACUUCUUUGCUUACCCUGAAGUCUACUGAUACGGCGGAGAAUGAUGACUCUGGUGGAGGCUUUAAACCAGAAACAAUUGAAAGUGAAGAUUAUAGAUUAUCUUCUGCACAUUCUGUUAUAAUUUUUGAAGAAAUUGGUUCUCCAGGAAUAUUCUUAUCAAGCGCUGGUAAUAUUUUUGAUGUCAUUGUAGAUAAUAGCGCAACGGAAGGAAAGAAUAGCAGUUGUGAAAGUAAAGCAAACGUUUCAUCUGUAGAGGAAAGUUGUGUCGAUGAUGACACUACAACCUUUGUUGCCGAUUUGGAAGUACCAUUAGAAGAGGCUGACUCAAAUUUUGAUAAAAAUUCUGAAAGUUCUCAGCAAGUGGGACCGUACACUGGUUCUUCUGGCACUGUGGAUGAUGAAUUCGAUGAAUUCGGAGAUUUUGCUGAGUCGAGUGUCGUUACAGAAUUCGAAAAACAAAGUGAUGGUGUGGGUAACCGUGAGGAGCAUUUUGACUCAACAAAAUUGGGCGAGGUAACGGAUGUUGUUGACGACCACUGGGUUGCUGAUUUUCAAAGUGCGUACGGAUUUGAUGCUAGUGAAUCUCACGCAGAAAAUAGGCAUUUUCCUGCGAUGAAUGAGAUUUUUAACCAAUCUUUUUGGCAAAAUGAAAGCCUUUUCCAUUCUUUAAAUUCUGGUUUGAAUAUGUGCGAGAUUUCCGGUUUAACUGAGCAAAUGGAUACUGUUUUGUCGAGGAAAGACUCGCUCAAUAACUUUGAGGCUGUAUGGCUUGCUGUCAGUAUUGUGGAAGAAGCUUUGGCUCUGAAGUUUCAGUGGGCUUCCUCUCGUGUUUAUCAGAAUUUGUUGGGUUCACUUAACAUUGAUUUGAAAUCGACAAUUAUGGAAGUUGGUCCUAAUUUACCUAUCUUUGCCAGUCAGUUAAAUGAAAGUACCAUUUUACAACCGGUGUCAACAACGAAGUCUGAAAAAAAGAAGAAAGACACGUUAUGUCUUUUUGCUAAACCUGUCAUUAAUGAUGUCCCGAAUGCAGCUCAAAAAGCUCCUCUCGACUCACUCGCUGUUCCUCCUGUUCACUUUGAUUGGAGCAAUUCUGGUUUGAUUAAUCCAUUAGCUACGGGUUCGAUAUCUACAUCGUCAGCACUGUUGGAUCUUAGAUGUCUAACUACAAGUGAUCCAAACUUAGCUGCAGGAAAACCAGAUGGGAAAAACGUUUCUUUCACUUUACAGAAAGAUCUUGCUGCACUGGGUUUGAAUGAUGCUAAAUCAGCAACCCAAGAUGAAACAAACGGAUUUCAGGAAUCUGAUAAAAAGUGGUUUAUUUUUCACCAGUUAGUAAAUAAAGCAGCAAGAGAGCGGCAGUACGUCUCUACAGACGAGUUGUCUUUGGAUGCUCGAGCUCUCCAUGACCAAUUACCUGAUUUAGACUACAUGCUCUCUGAUGUUCUUUUGUUUUCGGAGGCGCGAAAGGAUUGCCCAGAAUACGGCUUUGAAAUACUUUGUGAUGAUUGUGUGGUAGAUAUUGAGUCUCGUGCUUUUAUACAUUUCGGUCAUUUGGCGUAG